AUGCCCAUCCUGGAAAAGGUCCCCCCAAAGACGCCUGUAAAAACUUCUGGCUGUGAGGAGGAGCUGGACUUACCCAAAUUGCCAGUGCCCCCACUGCAGCAAACACUGGCCACCUACCUGCAGUGUAUGAAGCACCUCAUACCAGAAGAGCAGUUCAGGAAGAGCCAGGCCAUCGUGAAGAGGUUUGGGGCCCCUGGUGGCCUGGGUGAGACCCUGCAGGAAAAACUCUUGGAGAGGCAGGAGAAAACAGCCAACUGGGUAUCUGAAUACUGGCUGAAUGACAUGUAUCUCAAUAACCGCCUGGCCCUGCCAGUCAACUCUAGCCCUGCUGUGAUCUUUGCUCGGCAGCACUUCCAAGACACCAAUGACCAGCUAAGAUUUGCAGCCAGCCUCAUCUCUGGUGUGCUCAGCUACAAGGCUCUGCUGGACAGCCACUCCCUCCCCACGGACUGGGCCAAGGGCCAGCUCUCAGGGCAGCCCCUGUGCAUGAAGCAGUACUAUAGGCUCUUCUCUUCUUACCGGCUUCCUGGCCAUACCCAGGACACACUGGUGGCCCAGAAGAGCAGCAUCAUGCCUGAGCCAGAACAUGUCAUCGUGGCCUGCUGCAGCCAGUUCUUUGUCUUGGAUGUUGUCAUUAAUUUCCGCCGUCUCAGUGAGGGUGAUCUGUUCACUCAGUUGAGAAAGAUAGUCAAAAUGGCGUCCAACGAGGAUGAACGCUUGCCUCCAAUCGGCCUGCUGACGUCAGACGGGAGGAGCGAGUGGGCCAAGGCCAGGACGGUCCUCUUAAAAGACUCCACCAACCGGGACUCGUUGGACAUGAUUGAGCGCAGCAUCUGCCUGGUGUGCCUGGAUGGCCCAGGUGCCGGGCAGCUCAGCGACACCCACAGGGCACUCCAGCUCCUUCAUGGUGGAGGCUGCAGCUCGAACGGAGCCAAUCGCUGGUACGACAAGUCCCUGCAGUUUGUGGUAGGCCAAGAUGGCACCUGCGGCGUGGUGUGUGAGCACUCUCCAUUUGACGGCAUCGUCCUGGUACAGUGCACGGAGCACCUGCUGAAACAUAUGAUGAAGAAGAACAAGAAGCUGGUCCGAGCUGACUCCGUGAGUGAGCUCCCUGCUCCCAGAAGGCUGAGGUGGAAAUGUUCCCCAGAAACUCAAGGCCACCUCGCCUCCUCAGCAGAGAAGCUUCAAAGAAUAGUAAAGAACCUGGAUUUCAUUGUGUAUAAGUUUGACAACUAUGGAAAAGCAUUUAUUAAGAAGCAGAACUGCAGCCCCGAUGCCUUCAUCCAGGUGGCCCUCCAGCUGGCCUUCUACAGGCUUUAUCAUAGACUGGUGCCCACCUACGAGAGUGCAUCCAUUCGCCGGUUCCAGGAAGGUCGGGUGGAUAACAUCAGAUCAGCCACUCCAGAGGCGCUGGCUUUUGUGCAAGCCAUGACUGACCACAAGGCUUCCAUGCUGGCCCCCGAGAAGCUACAGCUGCUCCAGAUGGCCAUCCGGGCCCAGACUGAGUACACGGUCAUGGCCAUCACCGGCAUGGCCAUCGACAACCAUCUGUUGGCACUGAGGGAGCUGGCCCAGGACCUGUGCAAGGAGCCACCUGAGAUGUUCACAGAUGAAACAUACCUGAUGAGCAACCGGUUUGUCCUCUCCACUAGCCAGGUGCCCACAACCAUGGAGAUGUUCUGCUGUUAUGGCCCAGUGGUCCCCAAUGGAUAUGGAGCCUGCUACAACCCCCAGCCUGAAGCUAUCCUCUUCUGCAUCUCCAGUUUUCACAGCUGCAAAGAGACCUCUUCUGCAGAGUUUGCAGAAGCUGUGGGAGCGAGCCUUGUUGACAUGAGAGACCUCUGCACUGCCUGUGAGCCUGCUGAGGGCAAGCCACCAGCGACAAAGGAAAAAGCUAGAGUCCCAACCAGGCCAAGCAAUCUUGACUCGCACCACUAGCCCUGGCUUCCUAUGGGAGCCAGACCCAUCUAAGCCCUGCUCCCAUCUCCAACCCCAGCUUUUUGUUGUUCCCCUGUCCUUGGGAGCCCAACCCUCAGACUGUGUGAGAAGGCAGCACACGAAGCUGGCAUGUUAGGACAAAGAGUCCCUUAUCAGGGUGGCCUCUGGCCUUUACAACUAGAAAUGAGACCAGCCUGGCUGGGACCUCCCGCUGAGGUCUUCAAAGACUUACCACUUAUGCUUCUUUCCCAGCAACACCCAGUGGUACACAGGCUAGUCCUGCCCAAUGGAAGGGCAAGUCAUCUCAUCCCAUGUUAUGGGCCCAAAUAAGUCAUGAAGACAGAGACCAGCUCUGAAUCAUUACCUGCCACUCUUCCUCCACACAGUCACAUGCACACGCAUAGCCAGGGUUCAUCUAAAAUGCAGGAGCUGACAGCCCCAAUCACAUUUCUUCUUUCAUCUUCCACAGCAAUUGUCUUCAUUUGAUUGGAGGGAGCUAGGUCUCUGGGCAAGACUGCAAAGACUGAAGGUUGGGCUGUGGGUGAAGGGCUGCAUGGCAGAUGAGCAGUGGCAUUCCCUUUGGGGUGGCACUGUCCAACAGGCGUUGUUGGGGUGAUUUUCUCUUAAACUAUGUGCAUUGAUCUGGGAGAACCAAGCCUAUACUCGCUGUUCUCUAUCAGAAAAGGAAUUCACUGUAUUUACACGGAUAUAUCAACCCAUGCACUGUGAGGGUGUCAAGACCCAGGAGCGUCAGACCCUUGGCUGGAGGAAACACCUCCUCCCAUAGGAAGGGACCGGAAGCUGGCCUUCCCCCUCCAGAAACAAAGGAGUGCAUUCAUCAUUAUGCAGAGGCAACACUGAGCCGUGGCCAGGGAUGCUCUGUGGGGACCCUGGGAAAGGGGACUGUUCCACGUGUCCUUAAAGAGGUGGAAAAUGAGACAGUUGUUUGAAGAGGCAAAGCAUCGUAAGUAUGGCCACCUUAUCAUACUGCUAAAUUGCCAAAUUAUAUUUGAAGUUGAUGUUUGGGUUCUAUUUUUAUAAUAUAGUUCUAGAUUUCUGGCAAUCUGUACAUUUUAAUUUAUAGUUCUGUGCUUCAAAGAAACUCAUGUAUGAAUACA